AGUUGAUGAUGUGUGUGUUUUGUACACAGGUGUACUGAGGCCGAUAGCAAGUCAUCCGCCGUCUGGUCGUUAAUGUAGUCGGUGUUUUAGAGUUUCAGAUUAGAGUCACAUAAAUGCGACAGCGAGCUAGCUAGCUAACGUACGAGCUGUAACAUUUGGUUAACUGAGUUGAAUUUCGUCGGCAGUGUCAGUGACUCCCAGCUGUCAUGUUGACCGUGCUUUCCCCCCUGUCAGCCGCCCUUCGGCUCUCAUAGCUGGGGUGGAUAUACAUGGGGCACCGUAUCACUAGAGGAUGGAGAGUUUAACCUGGAAACAUCAUGGCUGCUGUGACGGUGUGGCGUUACACCAGCGGCCGUGUCCUCGGAGGAUGGGGCCCGCUGCUGUGUGUCAUCCUCGGCUCUCUGGUGGCCCUCUUGAUGCCCCUGGUGGGGGUGGAGAACCAGUGCUGCGCCGCCCUGAAGGGCAUCGCUCAGCUCCGCUGCCAGCUGUGGGGAAGCUUUCAGCCGCCUCCGGCUGUGCAGUCCACCAGCCUCACUGUCCCUUUUACUGCCCUUGAUCUGCUGCCUCAGAGGUCCAAGCCGAGCAAAGAGAUGAAGCUGGAGGCCAAAGCGGCGCUGCUCCAGGCUCUGGAGAUGAAGAAACUGGGGAAGAGGGAGAAGGCUCACAAGCUACUGGUGCAUGCACUCAGCAUGAAUCCAGACUUUGUUGAUGCUCUAACAGAGCUGGGGACCAUUCUGGAGGAGGAGAAAGACGUCGUCCAGGCAGACCACCUCUACACCAAAGCCUUGGCCAUCUCGCCAUGUAAUGAGAGAGCUCUGGUCAGCCGAGACCGAACUCUUCCCUUGGUGGAAGAGAUUGACCAGCGUUACUUUGGCAUCAUUGACAGUAAAGUUCGGCGGCUUAUGUCCAUUCCCAAAGGCAACUCUGCACUCCGCCGAGUGAUGGAGGAAACCUACUACCACCACAUCUACCACACUGUGGCCAUCGAAGGCAGCACGCUCACUCUAUCUGAGAUCCGUCACAUCAUCGAGACACGCUACGCCGUCCCUGGGAAGAGCCUGCAGGAGCAGAACGAGGCCAUCGGCGUGGAUGCAGCCAUGAAGUAUAUUAACACCACGCUGUUGUCCAGAAUGGGAACCAUCACUGUCAGCGACAUUCUGGAGAUUCACAAGCGGGUGCUCGGCUACGUUGACCCUGUAGAGGGAGGGAGGCUGCGCACCAGCCAGGUGUUUGUGGGCCACCACAUCCCGCCCCACCCCCAGGACCUGCAGAGACAUAUGCAGGAGCUGGUUCAGUGGCUCAACUCCGAGGAGGCCCUGCAGCUGCACCCUGUGGAGUAUGCAGCUCUCGCCCACUACAAACUGGUGUAUGUGCACCCGUUUGUAGACGGCAAUGGACGCACGUCACGACUUCUCAUGAACCUCGUGCUAAUGCAAGCACGAUACCCACCCGUCACUAUUCGCAAAGAACAACGGGCUGAAUACUAUGCAGCUCUAGACACAGCCAAUGAGGGUGACGUACGGCCCUUCAUUCGCUUCAUAGCCAAAUGUACAGAGAUGACCUUGGACACAUUGUUGAUUUCUACAACAGAGCACGCUGUGGGGCUGCCAGCAGCCAGCCAGGACCAGGCCUGUCCGGACUGCAAACAGACCAUCCCGAUCCACAACUGAGCUGGUGACGGGAGGAAAAAGGGAGCAUGAGAUGCUAUCAUGCAGGGAGAGUAUGUGAUUAAUUUAAAAGCUAUUAGAUAACAAUCAUAAAAUGAAUUGCCUUGUCACUUGGCCAUAUUUUAUCUUAUCACCCCCAUGCUUCUGUUUGGUUUCUUUACCUGUUGAAUUCAUUGAAACUGCUGCAGGAUGUUGAAUUGAAAUCUGAUUUUGUUGUGUUUCUGUAUCAUAAUAUUUCUCCUGCAGAAUUAAGACAAACCUUAUUCCCACUUUUAGUUUGUAGCCACAUUCUCAUUGGAGUCUUGUACAUUUUAUUUCCCAUCAGAUUACAAUCUGAAUUUUGACUACUGUUGACGUGAGGAGCAAACAGCCCUCUGUCGUUUUACUUGAGAUGCUUCAGUGAUUUCCACUGCGGAUGUGUAGUGUGUGUGUGUGUGUGUGAGUGAAUAUUUAGUUCAUUAUCUUUGAGAUAAAGAUGUCUCAUAACACUGUAAAGCACUUUCAUGUAUUAUUUAUUUUAUUUUAAAAUAAAAGCGAGCUAUUAACUUUCAUUACGUCUUUAGGUUAUGAACU